AGCCACUAGGAAAAUUGAACAUUUUCCUGAGAAGCCUUGCUUAGGCAUCUCAGUUCAGAUUCCUCGUAGAGUCCAUAAGGCCAGUAGUUUUCAUGGUCCAUUCCUCCUAUUGAAAUUCAGGUCUUCUAGACCCCGAAUGUCUCGGUUGGUUGGCCUUACGCUGGGAAAAAUUCCCAUCAACUGUGCUUGGAGGGCUGGCUGAGACAUGCGAUGUAGCCGGCGCAGCACGUAGAAAAUAGCAAGCGAGCGAGUGGGCGGGUGGGCUAGGAAUCGUCAAUGGUGGUCAUCGCAACUCAGUCACAAAUCACAACAACAAUCUAACUAUAACUUCAUCGCCUCAUCCUUCCAUUAUAGCUCUUACUAGUAGUAGCAAAGCCAUCACAAUUCAUCCAUAUCACCUACUACAGCUUCACCUCUCUCCAAAUUUCACCUACCUUCACAGCCACCAAACCAUGCAUCCCUUCACAGUUUUCAUCGUCGCCCUCUCAGCAACCGCCCUCGCGCUCCCACGCCCCCAGCUCGGCGGGAGCCUAACCAACACCAUCCUGAACGGCAUCGGCGAUCUCCUCGGCACCGACGACCGAUACCACACCACGGAGCGGUGUUACAGCCGCAACAGCGCGGACCUCUCGUCCUGCAUAAGCGCCUGUGUGCAGGCGCAGUGUGUGGAGGGGAGCGCGGAGUGCGGUGCUUGCAUACGAGGAUGCUGUAAGUCGUUCACAUUCUUUUUCUUUCUAUAUACGUCAAGCGUUUGGAACAACUUUGCUGACCUGGGUUUUAGCGUCGAGUUUGGCGGCCUGCGAUGACCACCCUAGAAGUAGUGGCACUGGGGGUACUGGCCAGGCAAACAGCACCAGCACCACCACCCACGCCAACUGAGGGAGGCGUUUGAGAGAUUAUUCUAUGAAUCUGCCUUGUGCGUGAAGCUUUCACAAUGGAUUACCCCGACCUGGUUGCGGGGGAGGAGCCCGAGCUCAUAGACCAUUUGAGGUGGCUAGGGAUAACGAGAGAUGACCAGUUUAUGAAUGAAUGAAUGAUGAUGAAGCAAAAGGCAUUUGCAUGGCAAGCCUUUGGCAAUGAGAUCAUGGAGAAGGAGUUGGAAAGGGAAGAUACCAUUCAAUUAUCGCAUAUUGUUAAUAAAUUAUUCUUCUUCUUCAUGAUACCGGUUGUUGGCCAUGCCUUUUUUGAGGAGGCAGGUUGUAUCCUUUCUUCGAGCCCUCAUUGUCAUCGUCUAUGAGAAAUGUGAUCGUGGCUAAAGGCUAUCGAUUAAAGUAUACCUGGCUCUAAGUAGCAGUCUUCUUUUCUUGGUGUUUACCAUUCAAUAAAAUGCUUCCAAGAGCUGUUUGUGAUGAAUGUUGCAAAGGAGGUGGAAAAGAAAAAGGCGAAAUUGUA